CAUUCUUCUGCGCAUUGCUAUUAAAUACAAUUCAAAAAUUAUGUCAAACGCAUUAGAAAAUUCGUCCAAAUCCAAGAAGAGCAAAACCGAAAACUUUGUGUGGACGGACGAUGAAGUGGAGCUCCUUUUAAACGUUGUUCUUGAGUACAAAACUGCAAGAACUGCGGAGAAUGUUGACUGGGAGACAUGCCAAUCUAAAUAUUCUGAUAUUUUGAAUUUACUCCUCGCUCAGUAUCCAUCUGAACAUGAUGCAGCCCAAAUUGAAAAAGAGUUUCCCCACCAGAAUAAUGAAGUCAAUAAGUCAAUUAUUACUUCAAAACUAAAAGCUAUCAGACUCAAAUUGCGCGCUGCUGUUGAUUGUGGUAAGAAAAGUGUGCAUGGAAUAGUUGUGCUGAUUUAUUUCGAGAAAUGUCAGGAAAUAUGGGGAGGCCCACCAGCUACGACUACAAUGGCAUCUGGAAUAGAGACGCAAGAAAUUCAACAAGAGUUUGACUCAAGUUUAAUAUGUCCCAGUCCCGCCAACUCUAUUGGUACACCCAUAGCUUCCUCAACAUCCAGCAGCCCUCAUACCGAAAUACCUACUCUUGACGAUGAAGAAAAUGAACGAAACUGUGUUUCUGAACGAAGAGAAUUUUUAAAUUCUAAAUUGAAGAAUUAUAGACAAAACAGAUUAAAGAGAAAGUUAUCAACAGACGAACAACUCCUGAAUGCCAUGCAAGAAGAUCUUGAAAUAAAAAAACGUCUUCUUGAAAAGAUGGACGAAGUGGAUAAGCAGCAGGCUACCCAAAUGAAGAAAUUCUCGCAAAAUAUGGAACAACUUACUGGGUGUAUUGUGGAAGGUUUUUCUAUGCUUUGCCAAGUAAUGCUGCAUCCUCAACCAUCACCUCCCCAAUUUGCAACUCCGCUUACUGGUUACAACAGCAACUGGGACAGACCACAGGCUGCACAACCCAUGAAUGUAAACAGUUGGAACAGACCACAGGCUGCACAACCCAUGAAUGUAGAAAAUAGCACAUUGCACUUUAGUCAGUUUACAAAUGAAAAUUUUUAAUAUAAUAUGCAUUACUGAAAUGAACAUAGAGUGAUAUGUAUAUUUUAUAAGGUUGUAGUUACUUAGUAACAAAUAUUGCAUAGUGAGAUGAAAAUAGUUUGGGUUAAAAUAAAAAAUAGGUUUUGUUAAAUCAUUGUUCAUU